CCGCGCCCCUCACGGGGUCGCGUCGCCACCCUACGCGUACUCCCUAGCUGGCGUGCUCUUCCCAUUCGCCUCUCUUGGCCCGGCCUCCACCCCGCCCCCAGCUGCCCAGCCAUGGGGGCCGCGGUGUUUUUCGGAUGCACUUUCGUCGCUUUCGGCCCGGCCUUUGCACUUUUCUUGAUCACUGUGGCUGGAGACCCGCUUCGCGUCAUCAUCUUGGUCGCGGGGGCAUUUUUCUGGCUGGUCUCCCUGCUCUUGGCCUCUGUGGUCUGGUUCAUCUUGGUCCAUGUGACCGACCGGUCAGAUGCCCGGCUCCAGUAUGGUCUCCUGAUAUUUGGUGCUGCGGUCUCUGUCCUUCUACAGGAGGUGUUCCGCUUUGCCUACUACAAGCUGCUUAAGAAGGCAGAUGAGGGGUUAGCAUCGCUGAGUGAGGACGGAAGAUCGCCCAUCUCCAUCCGCCAGAUGGCCUAUGUUUCUGGUCUUUCCUUCGGUAUCAUCAGUGGUGUCUUCUCUGUUAUCAAUAUUUUGGCCGAUGCACUUGGGCCAGGUGUGGUUGGGAUCCAUGGAGACUCACCCUAUUACUUCCUGACUUCAGCCUUUCUGACAGCAGCCAUUAUCCUGCUCCAUACCUUUUGGGGAGUUGUGUUCUUUGAUGCCUGUGAGAGGAGACGGUACUGGGCUUUGGGCCUGGUGGUUGGGAGUCACCUACUGACAUCGGGACUGACAUUCCUGAACCCCUGGUACGAGGCCAGCCUGCUGCCCAUCUAUGCAGUCACUGUUUCCAUGGGACUCUGGGCCUUCAUCACAGCUGGAGGGUCCCUCCGAAGUAUCCAGCGCAGCCUUUCGUGCCGACGGCAGGAGGACAGUCAGGUGAUGGUGUAUUCUGCCCUGCGCAUCCCACCCGAGGACUGAGGGAACCUGGGGGGGACCCCUGGGCCUGGAGUGCCCUCCUGAUCUCCUCGCCCUGUAUUGCUCCAUCUCCAGUACUGGUCAGUGCAGGUUGCCAAGAAAAGGGACCUAGCUUAGCCAUUGCCAUGGAGAUGAAAUUAAUGGAGGCUCAAGGGUAGACGAGCUCUGAGUUACCCAGUACCCCCUCCCCAGAAUGGACAUCUUGGUCUUUUUCUCAGGUCUGAGGGGAGCCAUUUUUGGUGUGAUAAAGACCCCAAACUGCCUUUUUUUGUGUGUAUGGGGAGGAGGUAUGUUGGAAUUCUUCUCCUAACCUCCUUGGACUGUAUUUUCCCUCCUCAAAUUGCUCCUCGUGUCUGGGCUCAUAUCUGUCCACCUUUCCACAUGGUCCCAGGCCUUGGCAGAAAGGAAGGAAGUGCAUGUUUGGGAACUGGUAUUACUGAAAACUAAUGUUUUAACCUCCUCGACCACCAGCGUCCCUCCUCUCCCCAAGGUGAAGUGGAGGGUGCUGCCGUGAGCUGGCCCACUCCAGAGCUGCAUUGCCACUAGAGGAGUCAGACUACCAUGACAUUGCAGGGAAGGAGGGCAGAAUUUUUUCUAGUUUUUAAUUAGGGUGUGUGGGGGGCAGGGAGGUUUUCUAUAAACUGUAUCAUUUUCUGCUGAGGAUGGCAUGACCCAUCCUUUUAAUCAAGGUGAUUGUGAUUUUGACUAAUAAAAAGGACUUUAUAAUUGUGGG